CUCUAUGCCGAAAAGGUCUCCAACCGUGGUCUAUGUGCCGUUGCCCAAUGCGAAUCUCUUCGCUACAAGCUCGUUGGAGGUCUUGCUGUUCGCCGUGCCUGUUAUGGUGUUCUCCGUUUCAUUAUGGAGUCACAAGCUCAAGGUUGUGAGGUUAUCGUUUCUGGAAAGCUGCGCGGUCAACGUGCCAAAGCUAUGAAAUUCGUCGACGGAGUUAUCGGAAUCAAGGUCAAGAUCAUGCUUCCUCACGAUCCUCGUGGCCAAAUGGGUCCUAAGAACGCUCUUCCCGACCAGGUGCAGAUCUUGGAACCCACGCCGGAAACCAACCCCACUGAACCAAGCUCUGAGCAUAAGGUUGAGAAGAAGGAAAUGGGAAUGCCAAUUGUUCCUCCACCGAUGCAACCCGUUGAGGUCACACCGGCCUAUUGA